AUGUACGGCACUGCAUCCGAACACAACGUUCUUUACCAGUAUCAGCUUCCGGGCGCGCAGAAAAUUGUGAUGGGAAUGAUCCAGACGGAAACGCCAUAUUUCCAACCGCUUCCUGCAGCACCCGAGCCUUUCAAGCCCGCCGGCUGUGCCAUGGCCUGGGCUGUGAGGAUCAUCAAUUCCUCUACUGUAUAUAUUCUAGGCUCUGGACUUUACAGCUGGCUUGCGUUCUACACGCAGGAUUGUCUCGAGACUGGCAAUUGCCAGGAGCAGGGCUUCUACGUUGAGCAGAGCACUAAUACCUGGGUGUACAACCUUGUCACCAAAGGAGUCACGGAGUCCAUCAGCCCGGCAGGGGAAACCCCACUCUAUGCCCGAGAUGUCCGGAAUGGCUAUACCUCGUCUCUCCUCGCUUGGCUCCACACCGGAACAGGGGCCAUUGGAAAGCGCAAAUUCCCGGGCUUCUACCUGUGGGACGGUGAGAUGGACCGGGAUGUUUUGAGCGGCGUUUCGUCUACCUGCAAAGCAUCUCUAACACGCUUGGUCGAAUGUCAUGAUCAAGUAUACAUGCUCAGGGCCUUACAAUGGAGAGGGUCCAUGCACAAUGACACAUUGACUGAUUUAAUGUGUGACAAAACCUGCGGACAGUCUCUCCAACUGUGGUUCGAGAGUGUCUUAGCCGGCUGCGCCCGCGAGCAGGACCAUGUAGUUUUGGCCGAGCCUGGCGGCAUAAUUUGGGCUGGAUGGAACGAGACAUGCGUCAAAGACCCCAAUACAGGGAAAUACUGUGGCGAUGCCAUCAAUGAAUUCACCGUUGUCCGGUCCAUCUCUGAUAUGCCACACAGUGAACCGUGUUCUUACUGCUAUGUCACCCGCUACAAGAUGAUGCAAGCGACUCCGUACUCUAUUUACGACAAGACUUAUCAGUCUGACCUAGAGUUCAUUCAUUCGAAAUGCGGGCUCAGCGGGCCGACCAGUAUCCUCCCACCGCUGCAGGAGUUCCCAGACCCAUAA